GUUGAAGGCCAUACGCGAGCUGGUAAAUGCAGAAAGAGGAGUCGAGGACGUUACGAUUAUUGGUGACUUUGAAAAAGCGGAAGAGCUGGCACCAUGGGGCACACUUGCACGAGACGAGGCCCUCGCGCUGCCUGAUGAGCGCAUCACUGCUCGCAUCGAUCUAAUUGAUGCACGCAUCAAUGUUCGCCAGCUUCACUCAUCCACCGGACAAACACGGUGUGAGGGGUAUGUUAGAGCUAGAGCGACCGCUUCAGACGUUUGCUCUGUCUAUCCUCCAUCUCGCGACAUGCGGGCGUAUGACACCACAACGCCUCUGGCGACUUGCGAUGCACCAAGGCUGGUCCGAAGGGGUAAAUGGUUAUGGACUGAGUGGAAUAGAUUAAGGAGAAGUUAGCGCUCUGCAGAAUGAGGCUUUUGAACCUAUUCCUUGGAUGAAGCGCGCCCAGAUGAAGACCCUAGAAAGGCUUGGAACCGUCGAGCUGAUCCAGGAUGCGAUCACCCACCGCGGCGGGUACUGGAUGUGGAUGGUGGCUGACAGGUUCCCAUUGGACGGCCUGGAUAUCCAAGACACACCAUCUUUCAUAACCUACGGCGUCUCUAACGGCGUCCAUACCUUAUCUGUGGGCGAGAGAUUCCCUCUCGAACUUAUUCACAUGAUCGCUCUCGAGUCCUCACUUAUCGACCUGCUUUCUCUGGCUUCAUCAUCUCGCGUGCUGCGCUCUAUGCUGCUAGGCUCUGAAGCUAGCAGGAACUCGCUGGCGACGGCGUGGAUAGCGAAAAAUGCCCUGUGGUACGCCCCUGCUACGUCCGGUCCCGAGCCGCACGGCUCGAUGAGGAACAGAGCACGCAUCUGGAAGGUCGCCGAACAGAUAGAAGAAAUUGAGAGGCAAAACGGGAUCUAUGAUUGGUUGUCCAACAUACCAUGCUACUGGUGA